AUGGCCGCUGACGCUGGCAGCAUUCCCAGCCCGGUGGUGCGCCAGAUUGACAAGCAGUUCUUGAUCUGCAGCAUCUGUCUGGAGCGAUACCACAAUCCUAAAGUGCUGCCCUGUCUGCACACUUUUUGUGAGGGGUGCCUGCAAAACUACAUCCCGGUCCACAGCCUGACUCUGUCCUGCCCCGUGUGCCGCCAAACAUCCAUCUUGCCUGAGAAGGGUGUGGUGGCGCUUCAGAACAACUUCUUCAUCACCAACCUGAUGGACGUCCUGCAGCACUCACCGGGCCACCGCAGAGAAGGCGGCGGCCAAGAGGCGGCAGCGGUCCUUAAUGACAUGGGUGUGGUGGCUGCGGGGCAGCUGCUCUCUUGCCCCAUCCACGCAGGCAGCGUGAUGGAGUUCUAUUGUCCGCCAUGCGAGACAGCCAUGUGUCAAGAAUGCACUUGUGGGGAACAUGGCGAGCACCCUACUGUGCCGCUUAAAGAUGUCGUUGAGCAACACAAGGCUUCAUUGCAGGAGCAGAUGGAUGCAGUCAAGAGAAGGAUGCCCGAGAUUGACGGUGCCCUGCUGACUCUGUCGGAAAUCCUGCAGCGGCUGACUGGUCGCAAGAGUGCCAUCGAGGAGGACAUCCACGCUGCCUUCGACGAAUUGCAGAAGACCAUCAACGUACGCAAAAGCGUCCUGCUCAUGGAGCUGGAGGUCAACUUUGGCCUCAAGCAGAAGGUUUUGCAGGCACAGCUGGACAUUCUGCUACAGGGCCAGGACGGCAUCCGCAGCAGCUGCGACUUCGCCGAGCAGGCUCUAAACCAUGGCAGCGAGGCUGAGGUGCUGUUGGUCAAGAAGCAGAUGAGCGAGCGCCUGGCUGAGCUAGCGGCACAAAAGCUCCCCUUACGGCCUGGAGAGAAUGACCAGUUGGACUUCCGCCUAGAGACUGAGAGUGUGAAGAAGUCUAUUCACAACCUGGGAAGCGUGGUGACUACUAACGCCGUGGCGUCUGAGACUGUGGCCACUGGCGAGGGCUUGAGGCACUGUGUGGCGGGAGUGCCAACUUCCGUCACUGUCACUACUAAGGACAAAGAUGGCGGACUUUGCAAGAUGGGCAACGCUGUCCUUACGGCUGAAAUCUCGGCGGCUGAUGGCAGCAAAGGCGACGGCGAGAUCUUGGACAACAAGAAUGGCACCUACGAGUACCUGUUCACCGCCCCUAAAGAAGGCACCUUUACGUUGUCCCUACGCUUGUAUGAGGAGCAUAUUAAAGGCAGCCCCUUCAGGACCAAGGCCAGCAAAUCGGCAGACAAUUCGACAGCCUCCGACGGCGUUAAGAAGAGGCUCAAGUCGCCCGGCAGCAGCGGGCACAUCAAGCAGAGGGCCAUCAAGAGACCCGCCAGCAUGUACAGUACAGGACGCAGGAAAGAGAACCCUAUCGAAGACGACCUCAUAUUCAGAGUCGGCACUAAAGGGCGAAACAAAGGCGAGUUCACAAAUCUGCAGGGUGUGUCCACCACUGUGGGCAAAGUGCUCAUUGCAGACAGUAACAACCAAUGUGUGCAGAUUUUCUCCAACGAAGGCCUGUUCCGAAGUCGUUUCGGGGUCCGGGGCAGGACCCCCGGUCAACUGCAGCGACCUACAGGUGUUGCUGUCCACCCAAGCGGUGACAUCAUCAUCGCCGACUACGACAAUAAGUGGGUCAGCAUCUUUUCCAGCGAUGGCAAAUUUAAGAACAAGAUCGGCUCGGGUAAGCUGAUGGGUCCUAAGGGUGUGUCGGUGGACAGGAACGGUCACGUGAUUGUGGUGGACAACAAGGCCUGCUGCGUUUUCAUUUUCCAGCUCAAUGGCAAGAUAGUCACCAAGUUUGGUAACCGUGGUAACGGCGACAGGCAGUUUGCAGGUACAGUAAUAGCAAAAACUCUUAAUUUAAGUUUUAUUUUUCCACAAACAGGGCCCCACUUCGCUGCUGUCAACAACAACAACGAAAUUAUCAUCACAGAUUUUCAUAACCACUCGGUCAAAGUGUUCAACACGGAAGGGGAGUUCCUGUUGAAGUUUGGCUCCAACGGCGAGGGUAACGGUCAGUUUAACGCUCCUACAGGGGUGGCCGUGGAUGUCAACGGAAACAUUAUCGUUGCGGACUGGGGCAACAGCCGGAUACAGGUGUUCGAUGGCAGCGGUUCCUUCCUGUCCUACAUCAACACGUCGGCCGACCCACUGUACGGCCCUCAAGGUCUGGCACUCACUUCUGACGGACAUGUGGUGGUUGCCGACUCGGGAAACCACUGCUUUAAAGUCUACCGCUACCUGCAGUAG